AGGCCUGGAGUUCCAAGUGGUGACCAAGUAUACCUCCCUCCUGGCCAUCAGCUCGACCUCGGACGUCUUGGAGUUGCCAACAUGCUCAGUGUCUGCAAAUCGACAACUGCCGCAGCGCCCAAGAAUGGGCUCUUCUUUGUCAGGAGGAGGCUGCAUCUCCGUGAAGGACUUGGGCCCCCUGAUGCGUUCCCUUGGCCAGAACCCCACUGAGGCAGAGCUGCAGGACAUGGUGAACGAAAUCGAUUGCGAUGGAAAUGGGACCAUGGAUUUCUCCGAGUUUCUCACCAUGCAAGCACGAAAGAUGCGAGACACGGACUGCGAGGAGCACGGAUGCGGAGACCACACAGAAUCAGCACAUCAGCGGGGCCAACAGAGGGCAACGGGAUCAUCUCCGCUGCAGAGCUUCGACACGUCAUGACAAACUUAGGCGCACGGCGCGCACACAGCGCGCGCGCGCGCGGAUCGAGAAACAAUCCGCCACCUUGAACGGGUUUCAUGUUCUGCCGGGGUUGACACCUGCUUGAACCUUGCAGAGACUGAUGCGGGAACGAUUCCAAAUUUGUCCUGUCCUUCAAAAAACAGAGCCGAGUUCGGUCAGUCCCUAAAAUUCUACAGGUCGCAACCCUGUCAGGACGGUGGUGGGUUGGUGUUUUCAUUAAUUUUCCUGGGAGAUGUCUCUUUUCACCGCGAAUCGAAGAUGUUGUGCUUCCCGCAGUUUUUCCAGCCCGCUCCGCCCCGUAGACCACCGGGGCGCGCUUCACCGCCGGAGUCGGUGUAGAUUUUUGGGCCACAAAUAAGAAGAGCAUCGUCGAGAGCAUGGCGCCCAUCGAAGUGAAAGAGGCCGCGAAGAGGGCAACGCCCAAGCUGGCUGAUGGACUCUUUGUGUUGGAGGCCUUCUUAGA